GAGAUCUUGGCAAAGAGGGAGUUGGAGCACCUGGCGACCAGCGAGGAUUAUAUCUAUUUGCAGAUCUGCGACCAGGGGAUGCUGACUCCGGCCCUGGGCAAGUUGCUGAGCAGAAUGGUGCAGCAGCGUGUUCUGAAGGUGCCACCGCCUCCGCCGCCUCCUCCCCCUACUGCUCCGGUUCCUCGUGCUCCGGCCUCCGAGGCAUCCUCUGCUGCCGUUCUGUCGAUGGCAAGUCCGGCACGGCCAAGAAACAUGGCAUCGGAGGGCGGCACCAAGAUGACCAGGAUCGAGUCAUCCGAUUUCCGGAUUUGGAUUCGUACAGAGAAUCCAGACGACCCCUUCUCGGUUCGAUGGGCCCCCCAAGACAGGGAGGCAGAAGCGUUCUGGGAGUCCGACCCUGGCACGACAUGGCAAAUACAUUCCGAUAAACACGGAAGGGAAACCUGGUACAACGCUGACACUGGCGAAUGGUUCCAGAGAGCGUGA